AUGAAUGUCUUUCACUUUUGCAUAUCGCUGCUGGCAGCUUUUACCUUAGGAAUUGCUGCUCCAUUACCUGGACCAGAGCAGCAUGUCCAGAUACGUCAAGGACAAGGCGAUCCCAUCGUCAUCAUUCCUCUCAUCAGCACAGUCAUUACAAGUGUUAUUCCUGGUGGCACCUUUGACACUCCAGGCGGCGGCAAGACAGUAGUGCAAGACCCAGUGACUGUUCUGAUCACCACGAGGAUACCAUUCACGCCGUCUGCUGCACCUCCACCGGCCGUAGCGCCAACAUCAGCAGCAGCACAAAGACCUUCAAGCGUCGCGCAAAGCUCCAUGGCAGUUCCAUCUAGCUCAUUGCCAUCUCCAAGUAGCCUUGUGUCCAGUGCCGCCUCAAGCGCUGCCGUCGCAGUCAGCAGCAUUCCCCAAACUCCCCAACCAAAACCCACGCCCACGCCUACUCCAUCCUCAAACGCCCUCACGCCCAUCGGCACAAUCUUCGUACACGAAACAGAGUUCGUCACCGUCCCGGCGUCAACUCCCAGUCCCUUGUCCUCCGCCGUCUCGAAAGGCGCAUCCGAUCUCGCGCUGUCGUCAAAAAUCAUCCUCGUCACUGAGGUCACAACUGUCCAAGUCACGAAUCCCGGCCCAACACCUCCUUCUUCAAACAUCAAAACUCCAGAUCUCGCGCCCACGCCAUCUCCACCCUCCUCCUCCUCUCCCAACGAGCAGCUCCUCGCCCCACCACCCCCAUUCACCUACGUCCCAGCCGGAACCCCGGACGCGCCCUCACCAGCAUCAAGCAUCCCCCAAACGCCCCUUCAGAGCUCCACAGCGAAAGCGACACCAUCACCAGCAUCAAGCAUCCUCCAACCCCCCGUUCCAAGCUCCGCAGCGCCACCACCGCAACCACCACCACCAACACCACCGCAACCACCACCACCAACACCACCCAUCCAAUCCCCAACGAAACCCCCCUCCGCCCCACCCGUAAUCCUCACCCCCAAACCAGACUUAAGCGUGGUAUACGUCACCGUCACCGAGCCGGCAAAGACCGUCACUGAGACCAUCAUUAUCGUGCAGGCUCCCGGGUGA